AUGGGGCGACUGAGCCAAGAAGCCAAGUCUCCAGAUCAGGUCAUGGCGAACAUGUCGGCACUUUUCGACCAGCUCAUGUUCCGCCGUAGGAUCGCCAUGUGGACCCCGGUGAAAUCCACCGGCGCGGACGUCUGCGGCUUCGUGUCGCCGGUGGCGCUGGCGCUGCUCGUGGUGGUGGCCACCCGGCGCCUGGGCGCGGACGAAGCGCCGCUGCUGUGGAAGCUGCUGCUGGAGGUGCUGGUGGACGUGGCCCAUGUCUAUGGCACACUCUGCCGCACCGUGCUAGACUCCGAGGCUACAGCCUUGAACUGGAGACUCUACCUCCUGGCCGUGCCAGGCUUGCUGCUGCCCACGUUGUUUGUGAACAUCGUCUUUGGGACCUGGCUUGGCUGGUCGCUGCUCUCCUACUACGCCAUGUUCCACUUUGCCAAGCAGCCCUUCGGGCUCUUGUGCAUUUACAAGGCGCGGCAAGGGGAGCGAGACCCGAAGGAGCACCAGCUGGACUACUGGACCUGCCUCGCAGGCGCGGGCCUGCCGCUGCUGCAGUGGCACGCCGGGGACUUCCCGGACUUCGCGUGGUUCGGCGGGGAGGACGAGAAGAAGCUCUUCCAGCUGCCGGCGGUGCUGCUGGGCCCUCUGCGUGCGCUCCACGUGCUGGUACCAGGCGUCUGGCUGAGUUUCUACCUCUGGCGCUGGCUCCGCGGUGGGCGCCUGAACCUGGGCAAGCUGUGGAUCAUGGUAGCCACAUACUUCACCUGGUACAUGGGCAUGUGUGGCCACCAUGUGCGAUCGCUCGCCUUCAUCAACCUCUUCCAUGGCAUGUCCUCAAGCUUUUUGGUCUACCAUGUGGUCCGGCAGCGGUACAGCCUGUGGGAGGCGAAGAACCCGCAGACCAUGCACUGGAUAGACGAUCAUUUCAACUGCGUCUUGGUGUCGACGCCGGUAUUUUACACCUGCUUCCUGUGCGGCUUGGCGUGUGGGGAAGACCUGGCCUGGGACAUCUUGAUCCACCAGGACUACAUGCGACCGCCGGUGGCACCUUUGGAGGGCCUGGGCCGACAGGUGGCGGUGAGCUGUUUGAUGCUGCCGCAGCUGGCGCAUUACUUCCUGGAUGGCUUCAUUUGGAAGAUGGGCCCUCAGAACCCGGGGCUGAAGGAUGCGGUGGUGACCAUGGCCAAAGACGCCAAAGACCGCUGA